AUGUACACAUUGGCAAAAUGGUUACGUGGUGAAGAAAAUGAAAUAAAAGAAGAGAUGUUAAAAUUUAAAAAAAAGAUUUUAGAACAGUAUUAUUUUUAUUUUUCAUCAUGGUUUAAUAAAAUAAAGUCAAAAAUGCUCAAUACGAAUUUGAUAGGUCUCAAAAUAACAAAUUUGAAAUCCUUUCUACGAUUAACAAAUACAAAUGUAAGCCUCAAGAAAACACUUUAUCUAUCCACUGGCAAAACUGCACAUCCAUGUUUAUGUGGACAAGUAUACUUUAAGAAGGAACAGAGACGAGGUGAUAGAGUAUUUUAUAAAAAUGAUCGAUUUCACACAACACACAGUGACCAGCAUAGGCAAAAGGUGGUAAUAGAGACGUCCACACCAAAAAUUAUCAUAGAUGAAAUAGAAAGGAGGAAAAAGGUGUUACCAGUGGAAAAAAGUAUUGAUGUCAGAUUAGGUGAUCUGUGGAAGAACAAAAUAGAUCCAUAUGUUAAGUUAGCAAGAUGGGACAGACCUGUUGGCGUCUACCUUCUUUACUGGCCAUGUUCAUGGUCUAUAGCCCUGGCCUCUAUACCAGGAACUGUGCCAUUAUACACCACAUUGGAAACAGCUGGACUGUUUCUCUUGGGAGCUGGUCUCAUGAGGGGUGCCGGCUGCACUAUCAAUGAUAUGUGGGAUAAGGAUGUCGAUGCUCAGGUGGAGAGAACCAAAGAUAGGCCGCUGGUUUCCGGCGCAUUAACUGAUAAGCAAGCAAUGGUGUUCCUAGCCGCUCAGCUCACGUUGGCUUUGGGCGUUCUUCUACAGUUGAACUGUUAUAGUAUAGUCCUCGGAGCGAGUAGUAUGUUGCUUGUAGUAACCUACCCUCUGAUGAAGCGGAUCACAAACUACCCUCAAAUAUUCCUAGGGGCGACUUUCAACUGGGGAGCGCUAUUAGGUUACUCGGCGAUACAAGGUAGUUUGGAGCCCUUGAUUUGUCUGCCUCUGUACGCUGGGGCCCUUGCAUGGACUGUGGUCUAUGACACUAUUUAUGCUCAUCAGGAUAAAGACGACGAUGCCCGUAUAGGCAUGAAGUCGACAGCCCUUACCUUUGGAGAGCACACUAAGCCUGCUUUGGGCGCCGCUUUGACAUUAAGUGUCGCGUCGCUAGGUGGCGCUGGAUUCGCAGCCGGGCUAGAUUCGCCUUACUACGCGGCGCUGGCUUUGUACGCGUUACACGCUGGAAGACAGAUAUACACACUAAACCCAGAUAACCCCGAAGACUGUGCGAGAAAAUUCAAGUCAAACUCUAUGGUCGGCCUGUUCAUCCUGCUCGGCACCCUCGGUGGCGGAUACAGACAAUACAUGGAGAAUAGACAAAAGAACAGGGGCAGAGAGAAUAUAGAAGCAACAAAGAGUUGUUUAUUUAGUUGA